AUGGGAUGUGGUGCAUCAUCAGCAAUUCCUACAACUAGAAUCGUGACAUCAUCAUCAUCAUCCAAGAAUGAAAAUGAGCGUCGUACUCGAACAAAUAUUACCGACAUCAUUCAAAAUUUCUUUUUGGCUUGGCUUGAUGGUAAUAUUGAUCGAUCAAGUCAAGAUUAUAGCAAUUCAAUCAAAAACUUACAGCGCACUGUUAACACAAUUGAAUCAUUCCAAGAUACAGACGAAUGCAUCAAGUACUUAUCGCAGUUCCAAAAUGAAAAGGCAUUUCUUAUUGUUUCCGGUGCAUUAUGCGAAACAGUUGUACCACGUGUGCAUCCGAUGGAUCAAAUCUUUUCCAUAUACGUAUUUUGUCGAAAGACAGAAAAAUAUGAAGAAUGGACAAAGAACUGGUCAAAAGUAAAAGGCAUUUAUACAAACAUUGCUGUACUUUGUGAUUCGAUUCGACAAUCUGCCCGACAAUGUGAUGAAGAUUCCGUUACAAUAAGUGGCACAUCAUCAUCAGUGGACCAAAUCGAACCAUCAUUUAUGUACGCAAAACUAUUUAAAGAAAUCUUAUUUAAAAUCGAAUUCAACAAUGAGAAAGAAAUCAAAAAUCUGGCCGAGUAUGUUCGACCAAAAUAUGCCGGUAAUGAUGAACAAUUAGAGAUAAUCGAUGAAUUUGCUCGAGACUACCAAGUGGAAUUAACACUUACAAGUCCCGGUGACGACAAGAACCUCAAUGUUCUUACUCAACUAAUGCGAAAAGAGAUUACCGGAACAGGGUGGGAACGAAUGGGUUUACUUUUAUACAAAAUGGGUGAGAACGAAAAAGCUGAACAAGUGUAUACACUGUUGAUCGAACAAGCACCUAAUGAUGCGAUAAGAUCCACUCUACACAACAACAUCGGUGCGGUGUAUGAUAACAUGGGCGAGUAUUCGAAAGCACUUGCAUUCUACGAACGAUCACUUGAAAUCAAUAAAAUAGCUCUUCCUGCGAAUCAUCCGUUGUUGGCUACUUCCUACAACAAUAUUGGUGCGGUGCAUCGAAACAUGGGCGAGUACUCGAAACCACUUGCAUUCUACGAACAAUCACUUGAAAUCAAUAAAAUAGCUCUUCCUGCGAAUCAUCCGUUGUUGGCUACUUCCUAUAACAAUAUCGGUGCGGUGUAUGGUGACAUGGGCGAGUACUCCAAGGCACUAGCAUCCUACGCACAAUCACUUGAAAUCCACAAAGUAGCUCUCCCUCCCAAUCAUCCCGACUUGGCUAUUGACUACAACAACAUCGGUAUGGUGUAUGAUAACGUAGGCGAGUACUCGAAAUCACUUGCAUUCUACGAACGAUCACUUGAAAUCAAUAAAAUAGCUCUUCCUGCGAAUCAUGCAUUGUUGGCUAUUUCCUACAACAACAUCGGUUUAGUGUAUGAUCACAUGGCCGAGUACUCGAAAGCACUUGCAUCCUAUGAACGAUCACUUGAAAUCUACAAAAUAGUUCUCCCUCCAAAUCAUCCCGGCUUGGCUACAACCUACAACAAUAUUGGUGCGGUGUAUCGAAGCAUGGGCGAGUACUCGAAAGCACUUACAUCCUACGAACGAUCACUUGAAAUCUACAAAAUAACUCUCCCUGCAAAUCAUCCGUUGCUGGCUAUUUCCUAUAAUAAUAUUGGUGCGGUGUAUCGAAGCAUGGGCGAGUACUCCAAAGCACUUGCAUCCUACGAACCAUCACUCGAAAUCCUCAAAAUAGCUCUCUCUCCGACUCAUCCCGACAUCGCUGGUUCCUACAACAACAUCGGUUUCGUGUAUUAUAGCAUUGGUCAGUACUCGGAGGCACUUGAAUAUUAUGAAAAAGCUCAACAAAUCUUGAAAGUUUCCCUACCUGUAACACAUCCGCAUUUCGCUGACCUGAAAGGAAAAAUCGAACUUGUAAAACAAAAAUUAUAA